UUCAGACUAUGCAUCAUUCCCUUGAGAAUAAUAUUUUUGUUUUGCCCUAUAUCAAAACUAAAAUAUCUUCUCAAGCAUUAUUGGAAAACAGAAGAAUGAUAUGUAAGGGAAUGAUGCAUGGUCUGAAAUGGGAAAAACACCAACAUAUCAUUUUGCUUUACCUGAAAUUGCCAAGAAUUUCCCAAUGUCUGACGACUUGGGUAUAGUAUUUCUCUUCAGCUCAGGACAAACUGGAUCCUCCAGCUUCUGGAGACGUUACUCUUUGUGAAUAUAAUACGCAGUAUGUGUCUGAGGAUUUUGAGCGAGCAGAUCUCAAAAAACAUGUUCCAGCCACUCAUGGUCUUGAUUAUCCAGUGAUCAAUAUGGAUAAAGAAGGAGUUAAGACGGCAAGAAGUUUGUCAAAAUCAGCUGAUGAAGACUGGAAUCCUUUCUUAGCAUGUUCAGAAGAAACAAAUCUUUGGAAAAGGUUGUUUCAUGCCUUAACAUCAAGAGGAUUCAUGGGAAUGGUUCAAGAACUUAAAAAGAACAGAGAUGAAGCACCCCAGUGGCUGACAUUUCUUGGCAAUGGUGUAGAUUCUAUAUCUGGUUUCUGUGGUUCUUUAUAUGGCAAAGCCUUCCCACAUCUUAAUCUUUCAAGAGAAGAAAUGAUAACAGCUUUUUCAUCCAUCUCUCACUGGCCUAGUUCUCCUAUAAGAGCAUUUGGAUGGCACCCUCACAUCUCGAAGUUUGCAAUUGCUUGGCAGGAUGAUCAUAUUAAAGUGUACACCCUGAAAAGCAAUAUUGUUCCACUACUAAAGCACAGGCAACAGCAGGCUGUUACUUGUCUUGCAUGGAGACCUUUAUCAGCAUCAGUGCUUGCUGUAGGUUGUAAUACUGGUAUCUUUAUAUGGACAGUAGACCCAACAUCACCAGUCACUAGGUUAGGCAGCAGCUCAGUUCGGCACCUUUCCCAACCAUGUCAUAAUCCUGUUACCUCUAUUUCAUGGAGUCCAAAUGGUCAGCUGUUGGUGUCUGGCUCUCCAGCAGAUAGCACAAUGAUGGUUUGGGAUGUGAACAUGGAAACAGCUACACCUCUUUACAGAGCUGGUGGAGGAAUCUCAUUAACAUGCUGGUCUCCUGAUGAAAGAAAACUCUUUGUUGCUACCCCAGGUUCAAUGUUCAGAAUUUGGGAAGCUCAGACAUGGACUUGUGAAAAAUGGUCAAAUUUGGCAGGAAGGUGCAAGAGUGCUUGUUGGAGCCCAGAUGGCAGUAUCAUUCUCUUUGCUGUUGCAGAGGAACCAGCUUUGUAUUCCUUGAAGUUCAUUAGUCAUUUUGCAGGUGACACUGAUGUACAUGGAUCAGCUAUUGGUGCUCAAAUGGCUGUCAAAGCUGCAAACUUAUCACCUCAUUGCUUUAAUAAUGGAGAUGAUUCAGUGACAGUCGGAGGUGUGGUUAAAAGCAUGGCAUGGGAUCCUCUUGGGGAGAGAUUAGCUGUUAUUUUUGAAGAUGAUGAUGGCAAAGCCCAAGAAAUAGUUGCUAUAUUUAAGACAAGACUCAAGCCAACAUUUGAAGUUAUUCCAAGUGGUUUUGUGAGAGGACCUCCUGAUUCCUUUCCUGAACUAGUUGCAUUCCAACAGAACUUUAGUAAAGGAGCUCUUCUAACUGUGGGAUGGUCAGAUGGAAGCAUUACCUUUGUUCCACUGUUAUUCACAUCAAGCAAAGACACCCACCCAGUUAGCCAUCAUGCUCAAAAUGGAGUAUUCACUAAUGGUACAAGGAUUAACUAGAUAUGCAGUGUAGUAUUUAAAAUUUAGCGCUAGCAUAAUAUAUAUGUGUAAACAGUGUUUCCCUCAAGUGAAAAAAUGGCAGUUAAAUUGUAUUUCUAUAACUGAGUCUGAAGCUUAUAGUGGGGGAAAGUUGGUUGUGUAAUGAUGGUGAGCCUUAACUCCCUUCGGCUUGGGAGGGAUAUGUUUCCUCAUUAUCAGACCACAUUACUUCUUUGUUUUUUGGUAACAUUGGAGUAGACUUAACAAACAAUGUUAUUCCCAAGAGAAUGACAAGACAAGUAUCUAUUGAUUUACACUGUUAAAUCAUGUUCGAUCACCCUUGUGGUACUGCAAUUUAAAGGCGAACGCGAUCAUGGUCAUGUGACAGAGUUUUGAGUGUUACGUACAGUACAGUAUAAGACAACAAUCUUAUUCCCAUAAGGAAGGGAUAUUUACAGCUGACAGAGCAAAAUGAUGAAAGAUAUGAUUUUAUUGCAUCACAACUAUGAUAAUAUUUUGCUAAUAAAUAAAUGUAUGAAUGAAACUAAGUGAACUUACCAGUUAACAACCAGCAAUAAGUGUAUUUUUGUGUAAA